CCCGUCUUCUUGAACUUGGAACCGCACGCCACGCCACGCCACGCCUUUCUCAUUCUCAUCACCGACUACCAAGCUUUAUAUAAACCCCCUAAAGCCGCCGAACCUUAGAGAUGGAUCAUCAUAUGAAAGAAGGCUCAUCGCCGUCAUCGGAAGGGUGGAUGAUUUACGAGAACGAGGGAUCCCGGACGCCUGACCGGGCCGAGGAUCGUAUCCCGGAGCAGGGACGCCUGUGCCCACCGCCGCCGCCGAGGAAGAAACGAGCGUCAUUUAUGCUGGACAAGAAGAAGAGGCCGACGGUGCCCAAGGAAGGUUACUUCAACCCUCCCGACCUCCACCUUCUCUUCACCAGCCGUCAACCGACCAUCUGACUCGACUCGAUUAGCUCGCUCCGCCGGCUAGGCUAUAAUUAACUUGUUAAUUAAGCCGAUGGCCGGCGGAUGAAGUUAAGUAGUAGUGUUGAAUAUUGUUGAUGUAUAGUAUAUUCUUCUUUCGGCUUCCUACUUCCUGGCUAGCUACUGUUUUUCAGGAUAUGUCUAUAUGUAGGAGUGACUAGCUAGUGAGUGGUUAGGACUUAGGCGUAUGGUGUGGUAUGAUCGUUGGUACGGCGAGCGGCGACGCCGGCCAGUUUUGUAAUUAUAAGUCAGUCGGACGAUUUAGUACUAAAAACUAAUCGAUUUU